AUGGCCCUGUGCUACCCCAUGGCCGUGGGCCUCAACAAGGGCCACAAAAUGACUAAGAACGUCAGCAAGUCGAGGCACAACCGACGUCACGUGCACCUCACAAAGCAUACCAAGUUUGUGAGGGACAUGAUCCAGGAGGUGUGUGGCUUCGCACCCUACGAACAGCGCACCAUGGAGUUGCUUCAGGUCAUUAAGAAGAGGGUGGGCAUGUACAUAGGUGCCAAGAAGAAGCGGGAGGAACUGAGCAACAUGCUGGCUGCCAUGAGGAAGGCAGAGGCCAGAAGGACUAAUCCCCAUCCCCACUCCUGCCUCCAAUAA